AUGCCUGAAUUAACGGAAAUCGAUGCGACGAAAAAGGUGAGCUUCGAGGAUCCCAAGAAGGACGCUGCAGACAGUGACAGCGAUUCGAGCGGCGUGGAUGUUGCAACCGGUAAGGGUGGUGAGGGAGCAAGCGGCGUCACCGCCGAAGACUUGUCCAACAAGGCCAGACAGUCGAGAGGCGAGAAAAAAGCCAGGAAAAUCAUAUCUAAACUUGGUCUCAAGCAGAUCCACGGAGUCAAUCGAGUGACCAUUCGCAAGUCCAAAAACAUCUUGUUCGUCAUCAACAAUCCUGAUGUCUUCAAGAACCCAGCUUCCGACACUUACAUUGUGUUUGGUGAGGCCAAGAUCGAAGAUUUGAGCCAGCAAGCGCAAGUUGCAGCUGCUGAGAAAUUCAAGUCUGCCGAUAUGAUGCCGAAUGUAUUGGACAAAGAUGGUGCAUCCAGGCCAAUGGUCAGCCAGCCUAUCCAAGAAGAAGAAGAGGAAGAAGGCGAGAUUGAUUACAAGGGAGUAGAAGAAAAGGAUGUGGACCUAGUUUGUGCGCAAGCACAAGUGACCAAACGCAAGGCCAUUGACGCGCUGCUAAGGAACAACAAUGAUAUUGUCAAUGCCAUUAUGGACUUGACGAUGUAA